AUGAAGAUGAAACUGCCAACGUUCUUGAGUGGAAUUGAACCGUUGAAAGCAGAAACAUGGUUGCUCGAGAUGGAAAAACUGUUUGAAGUAUUUCCCUAUACCGAGACUCAGAAAGUUUUAUUGGUCACAUAUACUCUCAAAGACGAAGCUCGGAGAUGGUGGUUACUGAUUCAGAAUACCAAUGGAAAUAUGACGUGGGCUCGAUUCAAUGAGAUCUUUUAUGAAAAAUAUAUUUCUCAAUGUUUUUGGGACCGAAAAGUGUCCGAAUUCCAAGAACUUAAGCAAGACAGAAUGUCUGUAGCUGAGUAUGAGGCAAAGUUCACUAAAUUAGUUAGAUUUGCUCCUCAUAUGGUGGACACAAACUACAAGAAAACCCAUAAAUUUGAAGGAGGAUUGGACUUAGACAUAUUUGAUCGAGUUGGUGUAUUAAAGUUGCCAACAUAUGUGCAAGUUCUUGACAGAUCCUUAAUGGCAGAAGCCACUGUAGCCGCUAAGAGACAAAGUAAGGCCCCAGCAACAACAAUAACUGAUUGGAGAAGAAAAAGGUCUGGGUGUGGUUUCAGAAAAGGCUGUUCUCAUAUAAGUAAAAAGCAGAAUACGGGGUCUACAAGCAACUCGAGUCAGAGCAGUGGGUCUAUUCUGAUUUUUCUUGAUUGUGGAAGGCAUAGGGGUGUAUGCUAUCGAGCAUCCGGUGCUUGUUUCUGA